CCUUGACCUGCCUUGACACGCCCACCGUAACCAGAGCGCAUGGUACUGUGGCUACAAGCUGCUCAGGGCCACACCCCCCUCCUUGACCUGCCUUGACACGCCCACCGUAACCAGAGCGCAUUGUACUGUGGCUACAAGCUGCUCAGGGCCACACCCCCACCCCCCUCCUUGACCUGCCUUGACACGCCCCACCGAAACAGCGCGUUUGGGGGAAGCUCAAUGUGCGACAGGUUCGGAGUGGCUGUAACUCUGCACCACGGCUGAAUUUCGGGGACGUCUUUGAAUACUGUGUUUGUGGCCCACUAAUGCCUAUAUUAAAGCAUCCAUAAAUAGCAUGGCAUGGGAUCUUUAAAUAAACGCCAAAAGAAGCCGUGAGAUCAGGUGAUCCGACAGCCAAUCGUCUGAGACCCGGGUUCCGGCUAACCCCGCCCUCUGUCCAGGCGCGGCCGUGUGCUGGUGGGUGGGCUUCCUGCUGGCCACCGCCCACACGUGGGCCCUGCGGCUGCAGCGCAUCCAGACCACCAAGCAGCUGUUCGUCAGACGCAUGUACGAGGGGGCGUGGCUAGAGCAGGGGCUGCUCCUCAACACACGCUUCAACAUGCACCCGCCGCCGAAACGCACGCCGGUGCCUGAGGAGAAGCUCACACUAUACAUGUGUGCGACCAUGUGGCACGAGACCUUCGGCGAGAUGGAGAAGAUCAUCAUCUCCAUAUUCCGCUGGGACCAGUUCAGGCCUCACGAUGACCGGGAAGUCAACAACCUCACCACCGAGGCCCACAUCUUCUUCGACGACGCCUUCCGGACCGUCCCGGUCAGCGGCGAGCGACACGCCAACCAGUAUGUGGAGGAUAUGGUCCAGGUGAUCCAGAAGGUCUAUAGCCUGUUCCAGGAGGACGAGCAGAACCCGUUCCUGGGCCCUGUGCCGAUCGGGGACCAGAUGCUGCUCCGGACCCCCUACGGAGGGCGUCUGAAGGUGACUCUGCCGUGCGGUAACCUACUGGUGGUCCACCUCAAGGACAAGAGCCUGAUCCGCCACAAGAAGAGGUGGUCCCAGAUCAUGUACAUGUACUACCUGUUGGGCUGGAGGCUGGACACGCGCUUCUACCAGAGGUGGCUGAACGGAGAGGGCCAGGACCAGGCCCAAAUCGAGAGGGAGAAGGAGAGGGAGAGGAAGAACACGUACAUCCUGGCCCUGGACGGCGACACCGACUUCCAUCCGCCGGCCGUGAUGCUUCUGAUCGACCGGCUGAAGCAGUACCCCGCUGUGGGGGCCGCCUGCGGCCGGAUCCACCCUAUUGGCACAGGCCCCAUCGUGUGGUACCAGAAGUUUGAGUACGCGCUGACCCAUUGGCUGCACAAGACGGCGGAGCACGUGCUGGGCUGCGUCCUCUGCAGCCCCGGAGAGGACCGCUGGCUGUGCACCCUGAUGCUGCAGCAGGGCUGGAGGGUGGAGUACAACGCCGCCUCCGACGCCUACACCAACGCCCCCGAGGGCUUCAAGGAGUUCUACAACCAGGUGCUCGCUGGACCCCCCUCCACCCUGGCCAACAGCAUCGACCUGCUGGGCGGCAGCAUCCGGCUGGCCCGUAAGAACCGCUCCAUCUCCCGGCCCUACCUGCUGUACGAGAUGUUCAUCGUAGGGAGCGGCAUCCUCAUCCCGGCCACCAUCUGCCUCAUGGCCGACACCCAAGUGACGCUGGCGGCCGUGCUCAGCGUGCUCUACGCCUUCAUCAUGAUGGUCACCAUGCUGACCAUCAUCAGCAUUCUGGUGACGGACAACACCGUCUUCUCGCCGCUGGCCAUCUCCUUCGUGACCUUCGUGAUGGUGUACGUGGUGGCGGCGCUGCUCCACCCCCAGGAGGCGCACCUCAUCGUGUACGGCCUGCUCUACAUACUGGCCAUCCCCUCGGCCUACCUGCUGCUCUCCAUCUACUCCAUCGUCAACAUGAACAACAUCUCCUGGGGAACCCGCGAGGGCGAGGGCGCGGCCGCCGCCGGCGCAGCCGUGCCCCCUCCGCCACGCAACAAGAUGGAGUCAGCGAGGAACACCAUGAGGCAGCUCUACCAGCAGGCCAGGUGCUGCCGCUGCCCCUGUCUGAGGGAGUGCUCCGGCUACACCCAGGUCGGGCAGUGCGACUCAGACCUGCCCGUCAUCGCUGCCACUGGGGGCGAACCCAUGGCAACCAUGGUGGAGCCAGGACCCCAGAACACCAUCGUGGGGACUGGACCCCAGAACACCGUCGUGUGGGCUGGACCCCAGAACACCAUCGUGGGGGCUGGACCCCAGAACACCGUUGUGGGGGCUGGACCCCAGAACACCGUUGUGGGGGCUGGACCCCAGAACACCGUUGUGGGGGCUGGACCCCAGAACACCAUCGUGGGGGCUGGACCCCAGAACACCAUCGUGGAGCGCCGACCUGAGAACAGCAGUGUGGGAGUGCAGACGAGCCCCCAGAGUUCACUAAAGAGGUCGCCCGAGACCCAGUUCUGGAACGAUCUGACAGAGAGGUACCUGAAACCAUUCCCAGAUGACGAGAAGAGGGAGACCAUCAAGAGUCUGAGAGAGCUAAGGAACAUGGCCACCUUCAUCUACUUCUUCGCCAACCUGCUGUGCCUGGUGGCGACCUUCACCCUGCAGCUGCUGAAGGGCACACUCAGCAUCCGCAUACCCAAGUACGACAACAGCCUGACCUUCACCGGAGACUACAUCCUGGUGGAGCCCGUCACCUUCAUGUUCCUCUUCACCUUCGUGCUCGUCGUGCUGCAGUUCCUCACCAUGCUGUUCCACCGGACCUACACCCUGAUUGACUUCAUCGGCUACGUCAACACAGAGAUGAAGAAAGGCCAUAUAAAGAGCUCCGACAAAUUGGAAAACAGCUGGAGUCCGGAGGCCUGGGUCAACGAGGACGAGCUCUACAGCGUCAGCCAGGCCAGGGGUACCAUGGUGUGAGGUACCCCGGUUCCAGAAGACCCCCCCUGGUACCAGGAGACCCCCCAGAUACUAGGAGACCCCCCCCCCCCCUGGUUCCAGGAGACGCCCCAGAUACAAAAAGACCCCCCAGGUACAAGAAGACCCCCCUGGUACCAGAAGACCCCCCAGAUACCAGAAGACCCCCCUGGUACCAGAAGACCCCCCCUGGUGAGGAACCAGCGGCCAUUUAGACUCUUACCAGGAGGGACUUAUUUUACAUUGAGGGUGUUUGGCAGACACUUUUAUCCAAGGAGCCUGCUUUUGUCAGAGAAGAAGGGGAAGCAACAAUAUAUCUCUGUCGGUGCAGUAAGGAGGUUCAUAGAACCAAGUGCCAAGCACUAAGCAUCACUAGGUUAACCCAUUCCCCGUAUACAACACAGAUAGCUAGGGUGAGAUGCUACACAAUGCUAAGUAAUGUUUUUAAGUGCCCGGACGUACAACAUACAGUAAGUACGUAAGAGGGGUGUGACGGGGGUAAGGGGGGAGGCUAUGCAGAUGUGAACUCUGAAUCAAGCACACAUGUACUUUAUCAAGCCACCCUCACUUAUUUUAAAUUAUUAUGAUGAAUUAUGAUCAUAUUGCUUUGCUGAAAUCUUUCUGUAGCCUCUAACAUGUCCACCGAGUAAAGGUCAGAGUCGAGGGAAACCAUUACAGGUUCCUCAUGAAGUCAUGAUGACACGCGCUCACACACGCACACAUUCAGAUACACAAAAGAACCACUCACAGAAUCAACACACUCAGGCCAGCAUAGGGGUGGUGUGGUAGAAAGAGUGUCGUUAAAUUGUGUACUUACAUUCUCCGAUACUUCGGUCUGAAUUAUUUUUCGCACUGUGCGAUCGCCUCGCGCUUAAAUUCUCAGGGAAAAUUGGAAAACAAUGUAUUAUAUGUUUAGGUUUUAUUUAACUUAUGUAAAUGUGACAUUAAAC